GGGUUGUUUAGGGGCCUUAGAUGGCACUUACGUAAGUGUCAUGGUUUCUAACGAAGACAAACCCCGGUAUAGAACAAGGAAAGGACAAAUAUCUACAAAUGUGCUUGGUGUUUGUGAUCGUAAUUCGAAUUUCAGUUAUGUUCUAACCGGAUGGGAAGGAUCUGCGGCGGACUCUCGCAUCUUACGUGAUGCAAUAAAUAGGCCUCAUGGCCUGAAGGUCCCAAAGGGGAAAUACUAUGUGUGUGAUAACGGAUACGCGAAUAGUGAUGGUUUUCUAACUCCUUUCAAAGGUGUUAGAUACCAUUUAAAAGAGUGGGAGCCGAACCAUGCAAGACCACAAAAUAAAGAAGAGCUAUUUAAUUUGAGACAUAGUAAGGCAAGAAACGUGAUAGAGCGAGCAUUUGGCAUAUUGAAGAUGAGAUGGGGUAUCCUUAGAUCCCCAUCAUUUUAUCCAAUUCGGGUUCAGAAUAGACUCAUCAUGGCAGCCUUCUUACUCAACAAUUUCGUUCGAAUGGAAAUGCCAAUUGACCCCAUAGAACAACAGCUAGACGCUACGCCUCAAGACAAUGGGGGUAUGGACAUAGAUGCGAGUAAUGAUGAAUUCAUAGAAGUCGUUGAUUGCUCCCCCCAAUGGAAUGCGGCGCGUAAUGCCUUGGCCGAAGCUAUGUGGUUGCAAUAUUUGAAUUCUAAUUAGGAUGGUCGCCUCUUCCGAGAUCCCUCAAUGUAGUUGUGGCAAUGGAAAUAUGACCCUCAAGUGCGCCGGAUAUGGAUCACGGAAUCCCGGGCGUCUAUACUACAAAUGUCCAACGGGUAAGGAUCAUUGGAAUGAUUUUCAUUGGUAUGACGAGUACCACCGGCUUGGCACACAAGUUGUUACUUCGACUAUCGGCUCUCCUCGAAGCUUAGGUUUCAGCCAACCAACAACAUCUCCGCCAAGAUCCCCUCGUGCCGUCAACAAUGUUGAUUUCCUUGGAAACGGAUUGACGUCGGCCCGUGGAUAUUUGGAGUUAUCUUGCGCCGUUCUAUAUCUUACAAUAGUUGUUAUAAUUCUCGGUAUUGCUAUUGGUAAAAUUAUGUGAGGGCUUCUGAGUUGGUACUCUGCUACAGUUUCCUUUGAAGUUUUCGGUUUUAUUUUUUUUGCUUUAGGUUCAAACAAUUUCUGGUAAUGUUUGUAAGACAAUUGGCUUUAUGACUCCCUGAUUCGCCACCUGUUAUUUGUACCCUAUUUCAAACUUCUCAUGUUAUUAAUUAUACGG